UUUACGGUGACGUGGUGAACGGGUAGCUGACCCGAAUUUGCCUGAUCUCCGUAUUUUUGAAGUCCCUUUCAAAUAAUGAUAUAGGGCACAGCAUAUUUAUUUUUUAAAUGUAUUUUCAUUAUACUCACGAAGAUGACACAAAACGUUUAAACGAAGUCCUGGAAGAAAGAGACCGAGGAAGCAAAAGUGUAGAGGAGCGAAGUGGUACCGGGCCUGGAAGCGCUACACAGACUGACUUGGGAGGCUGCAAAGGGGAAACUGCGGGGUUGUCAUGACCACAAGCUGGGGGCUUCCAACUCUGCGGUUUGUUGGUGGGAGGUUUGGAGUGUGCAUACUGGCCCUGUUAGUCCUGCCCCAGGCAGGAUGGGCAGUGAGCUACAAGCCUGGGGAGGCUGUGACUUUGUAUGUCAACAAGGUCGGUCCCUACCAUAAUCCCCAGGAGACCUACCAUUACUACACCUUACCUGUCUGCAGGCCCAAAGAGGUGCGGCACAAGGCCUUAAGUCUUGGAGAGGUGCUCGACGGAGACAGGAUGGCGGAGUCCCUGUAUGAGAUCCGCUUCAGGGAGAACACAGAGCGGCAGACCCUGUGUGAACUGACCCUCAGUGAGAAAGAGGUGGAACAGCUGCGAGACGCAGUGGAGGAGCUGUAUUAUUUUGAGUUUGUCCUAGAUGACAUUCCCAUAUGGGGCUUUGUGGGAUACAUGGAGGAGAGCGGCUUCCUGCCUCACAGCCAUAAGGUAGGACUGUGGACACACCUGGAUUUCAACAUUGAGUACAAUGGGGACUCUGUGAUCUUCGCCAAUGUGUCUAUGAAGGACGUGAAGCCUGUGCCACUGGAUGGGGGUGGUGGGGUGGUGCCCGGAGCAGGGGCCGGGGGGGGCUUGGCAGUGACCCAUACCUACAGCGUUCGCUGGUUCGAGAGCCCCCUGCCCCAUGGACGACGGGCAGAGCGGCUGCGGGACUAUUCCUUCUUCCCUAAAACUCUGGAAAUCCAUUGGCUGUCCAUCAUCAACUCCUUGGUGCUGGUGGUCCUGCUGCUGGGCUUUGUCAUCAUCAUCCUCAUGAGGGUGCUGAAGAAUGACUUUGCAAGGUACAAUGUAGAGGAGGAGGGGGGCUGUGAUGACUUAGACCAAGGGGACAAUGGCUGGAAGAUCAUCCACACUGACGUCUUUCGGUUCCCCCCCUACAAGAGCCUGCUAUGUGCUGUUCUGGGGGUGGGCGCACAGUUUCUCACGCUAGCCACAGGAAUCAUUGUCAUGGCGUUACUGGGGAUGUUCAAUGUGCAUCGCCACGGUGCCAUCAACUCGGCAGCAAUCGUUCUGUACGCGCUGACCAGCUGCGUCUCGGGUUACUGCUCCUGCCGCUUCUACACCCAGAUCCACGGCCAGCGCUGGGUAUGGAACAUCAUCCUCACUUCCACGCUCUUCUCAGCGCCCCUGUUCCUCACAUGGAGCGUGGUGAACUCUGUGCACUGGUGGAGCGGGUCGACCCAGGCCCUGCCCGCCUCCACGGUGCUGCUGCUGCUGGGCGCCUGGGUGCUGGUGGGCUUCCCCCUCACCGUCAUCGGGGGCAUCGUGGGCAAGAACCGGGCAGGCAGCUUUCAGGCGCCCUGCCGCACCCGCAACAUCCCGCGGCAGAUACCUCCGCAGCCCUGGUACAAGCACACCGCGGUGCACAUGGCCAUCGGAGGCUUCCUGCCCUUCAGCGCCAUCUCGGUGGAGCUGUACUACAUCUUCGCGACGGUGUGGGGCCGCGAGCACUACACGCUGUACGGCAUCCUGCUGUGCGUCUUCGCCAUCCUGCUGUCGGUGGGCGCCUGCAUCUCGGUGGCGCUGACCUACUUCCUGCUGUCGGGGGAGGACUACCGCUGGUGGUGGCGCAGCGUGCUGAGCACCGGCUCCACGGGCCUCUUCAUCUUCGUCUACUCCGUCUUCUACUACCGCAACCGCUCCGCCAUGAGCGGCCUGGUGCAGAGCGCCGAGUUCUUCGGCUACUCGCUGCUCACCGCCCUCGUCUUCUCCCUCAUGCUGGGCACCGUGUCCUUCUGCGCCUCGCUGGCCUUCAUCCGCUACAUCUACCGCAGCCUCAAGAUGGACUGAGAGGGAGGCCGGCGCCUGCCGCGUCCGCGUCGGCC